AUGGCAGUAUUCCAGGACGGCCUGAAGGAGACCGAGAUCCCAACCGGCAAUGUGCUGCAGACAGACGUGCUCAUCGUUGGCUCGGGCCCCGCUGGCAGCUCUGCAGCCCUCUUCCUGGCCGAGCUUGCCAUCCCCGCCAUCCUCAUCUCGAAAUACCGUUGGACGGCUAACACGCCCCGCGCGCACAUCACCAACCAGCGCACGAUGGAGAUCAUGCGCGACAUGGGCCUCGAGGAUGCGAUCCAGGCCGAGGCGACCGAGCACAUGCUGUGCGGCGACACGGUCUUCUGCACCUCCAUUGCUGGUGAAGAGAUCGGCCGCAUCCUCACGUGGGGAACGCACCCGGCCCGCGCCGCCGACCACCUCCUCGCCUCGCCGAGCAGCAUGUGCGACAUUCCACAGACGUACCUCGAGCCCAUUCUUGUGUCAGCGGCAACAAAGCGCGGCACCCACACCCGCUUCAGCACCGAGUACAUCUCGCACGUGCAGGACGCCGGCGGCGUCACUGCCACCGUUCGCGACCGACUAAGCGGCCAAACAUACCUGAUUCGCGCAAAGUAUAUGCUUGGUGCGGACGGCGCUCGCUCCAUCAUCCAGCAGGAACUCCAACUUCCCAUGGAGGGCAAGAUGGACAUUGCCGGCUCGAUGAACAUUACCUUCAACGCCGACCUCGCGGCGCAUGUCGGUCACCGCCCCAGCGUGCUGUACUGGGUCAUUCAGCCUGGCGCUAACAUCGGUGGCAUUGGUGCUGGCCUCGUCCGCAUGGUCCGUCCAUGGAACGAGUGGAUCGCUAUUUGGGGCUUUGACAUUUCCCAGCCGCCACCUGUGCUCGACGACGCGGCUGCCCGUGACAUUGUCCGCAAACUCGUAGGCAUUCCCGACCUCGAACUGGAGAUCACUGGCAAGAGCCUGUGGGGUAACAACGAAUGUUUCGCUACCCACCUCCAGAAGGGCCGCGUCUUCGCGCUCGGUGACGCCAUCCACCGCCACCCGCCAAGCAACGGACUUGGAAGCAACACCUCUAUCCAGGACAGCUACAACCUUUGCUGGAAGAUUGCGUCGGUGCUCCGCGGUGAAGCGGACCCCAGCCUCCUCGAGACGUAUUCGCAGGAACGCGCACCCGUCGCCCGGCAGAUUGUCACGCGCGCUAACAAGAGCGCGCGCGAGUUCGUGCACCUCUUCGACGCGCUCGGUAUCAAGCCUGGCAUGCCAGCCGAAGACAUGGCCAAGGAGAUUGAGGAGCGCAAGGCUCCCACCGCCGUCGGCGCCCAGAAACGUGCCAAGUUGGUCACGGCAAUGAACCAGAAGAACUACGAGUUCAACGCGCACGGUGUCGAGAUGGGUCAAUUCUACGUGUCGGACGCCAUCAUUUCCGACGGUUCCAAGCCCGUAAACGACCGCGACGCCGAACUGUACUACGUCCCCUCGACGUCUCCCGGCGCCCGCCUCCCCCACGCAUGGGUCGGCAACCACAUCAAGAAGCUCAGUACCCUCGACACGGCGCCAUACACGUCCUGGACGGUGAUCACCGGUACGAACGGGGCCAAGUGGGCCGACGCUGCGUCUUCCGCGAGCGACAAGCUCGGCGUAAAGGUCAAGAACGUCGUUGUUGGGCCUGGACAGGACGUCGAGGACCUGUACUAUGACUGGUCCAAGUUGCGUGGGGUCGAGGAGGACGGCGUCAUCCUCGUCCGGCCAGACAAGCACAUUGCUUGGCGUAGCCAGACUAUGUGUUCCGACCCGGAGAGCGAGCUCGUCGCGGCGCUCGCAAAGGUGCUUGGCCGCAAGCUUUGA